AUGUGUGGAAUGCAAUCAGAGAUAUAUGAUGAGGUGGUAAGAUGCAAACACAAACAUGAUGUGCGGGAUCAGGUCUUCCCCUUUCAUAUCCCUGAUUCUGCAAGUGCACAGGUCAGAAGUAGUAAAUGGGUAUCGAACACAAGGACCAGAUUGCACGCUACAAGUUAUGAGUUUGAGAACAAGCUAGGGCAAAAGUAUAAGUUGGUUGAGUGCAGAGAAAGGUUACCGCACUUAGGUGCUAAUCUAGAACUUGAAACACUAUGGUACGAUCGGCCAGCUUAUCGGGUCAUGGUCGCUAUCGGCAUGGUCGGAACGAUCGUGGCCGAGAGUUCUCGUGGUCGGCCGCUGUAG